CGCGACACUCGAGCUAAAACGCUCAGCGUGAGAGCCACGCAGCGAUUCGCCGACGCCCCCGCCGAAAAUCAGAAAAGAAAGAGAGGGCCAGAGAGAGCGAGAGCGAGAGAGAGAGAGAGAGAGAGAGAGGGUGCGAGCGGAGAAGUGGAGCCUACAAUUAGACGCCUUUAGACGCUCCAUAAUGCUAAUGGCGUUGACAGUGCUCAUCAUCAUCGCAGCGCGGCCACCGCAAUCGUUUCGUUACCGGGUAGCCGGCAUAACCGUUAACCGUUAACAGUUAACCGCUGACCAUACCGACAACGCCACCGCCACCGUCAAUCGCCAAUAGUGAAUCGUCAAUCGGCAAUCGUCAAUCGCCGCCGUCAAUCGUCCAGCGAAGCGGUACGGUCACGCUCCAAUCGCCGCGUUGCCGCCGCUCCAGUUACAGUUACAGUUUAUCAAUGUCACGCCGACGGAUGCCAACCGCUGGAGCAUCGCAGAUACAACGCUACGUAGCUAUAUGGCCAUAGCUAUCUGAUCGGAAAAACAGUGCGUGUGUGCUUAUCAAAUAUCUAGUAACCAGUAACCGAUGAACGCGAUCUUGUUUCCAUAGCCCCAACCCAUUUAUUGGGAGCUUCGAUCAGUACACCCGCAUUUUCCGCUUCCGUUUCUGGAUUGUCACCGUUCUAUAUUAACCCUACCCUUCUUGUAUGAGUUACAUCCAUUUUAAUAUUCAUUUGGAGUAAUAGUUAUUUGAUCAAAAACUUUGAUUUAUCCCGCCAACAAAUAUGACAAUUUGUGCAGCAACAUGUAAUAAUUAGCGACAGUAGAGAUACGGCCAAUAGGGAGUCCAAUCUAAAAUGGAAAACAAGGAAACAAAGUGUUCAUAAAAUCUACUUCGACUUGCAGAGACUCUGAAACGGGAAGCUUGAGAGGAGGAAAAGUGUUUCAUUUGUUUUUCCAAUCAACGAAACCCCAACCAAAUGGUCACCUGCGGCCGGCAAACGUUCAACAUGCUGCCCAUGGCGCCGACGAGUCCUUUUGUGAGCAGCAGCUCCUCGGCGGCCGCACCCUCCACUUCCGUUUCCGCCAGCAGCACCGUUUCCGCCUCCGCGGGCAGCAAGCCCAAGCUGGCCUUCAGCAUCGACUCGAUUGUGGGCGAAUCCUCGACGAGAUCGGUUCCUCUGAGGGUCAGUGUGAUAUCCUCGCCGCCGCCGCGCAGCGAAAGUCCCGCUUCGCCGACGAACACGAACAACAGUGGGCGCCGGACGCCCAGGGGAUACAUCUACUGCCGCAGGAGGGAUUCCCUGGACAGAUCGCGCAGUCCGCAGAGAUCACCGGUCAGCCGGUCGCCAUCGCCUCCGAGUGCAGGAGGCAAUCCGCCAGCGGCGAGGAAUACUCCAAAGUCCGGGGAUCCAGCGUCGGCAGCGGGUAAUCCUCCAACCCUCAUCCGUCCGUUGCCGCUGCCGGCGCCAAAUCUAGCUUUAAUCGGGAACCGCACCUCACCGAACGCCAUGGCGGUGCGCAUGGCGGGUCCGCCCCAUCCGCCGCCCCAGCCACCGCCGUUCCUUGCCGCCCAGUUCCAAAUGGCUGCUGCACUGGCUCACCAUCACCAGCAGCAGCAGCAACAACAGCAACAGCAACUUCCGCCCGUGCCAACUGGACCGCCACAUGGUCCGCAUCCGCAUCUGCCGCCCGGCCAAAUUCCAAUUGGAAUCUUCCCCGGCGGACCGCACCCGGGACAUCCUCCGCCCCACGGACACCAUCCGUUCGGGAGUGCGCCGCAUCUGAUCCGGGAUAGCUAUCCGCUGUAUCCAUGGCUGCUCAGCCGUCACGGACGUAUUUUUCCUCGAUUCCCAGGCAAUUUCCUGUUCCAGCCGUUCCGCAAACCGAAGCGGGUGCGCACCGCCUUCUCGCCGACGCAGCUGCUCAAGCUGGAGCACGCCUUCGAGGGGAACCACUACGUGGUGGGGGCGGAGCGGAAGCAGUUGGCCCAGGGACUCAGCCUGACCGAAACCCAGGUUAAAGUGUGGUUCCAGAACCGACGCACCAAGCACAAGCGGAUGCAGCAGGAGGGCGGCGAUGGCAGCGACACCAAGAGCAACAAGGGCAGCUCCUCCGGCGGCGGAGGCGGUGGCGAUGGGGAGGACGACGCCAAGCACGAUGGGUCGCAGCACAGCUACGAGGAUGCAGAGGAUCCGGAGGACGAGGACGAGAUCGAGGAGGACGACGAGGACGAGGUGAUCGACAUGGACGACUACGGCAGCGAAAUGGAUGCGGAGGAGCAUCAGCGGCUGCGGGAGCAGUUCCAGCAGCAGUUGGCCCAGCACCAGCAGCAGUUCCUGCAGCAGAAUCCGGCUGAGGCGGCCACCCUCAGUCCGCAGCAGCAGCACCAGUUGCUGCAGCAGCACCAGCAGCAUCUGCAGCAGCAGCACCAGCAGCAGCAGCAGCACUUCAUGCAGCAGCAGCAGCUCUAUCUGCGGGAAAGGGAGAGGGAAAGGGAGCGGGAGCGGGAAAAGUCCCGGGAGCGGGAAAGGGAGCGGGAAAAUCAGUAACUAAUAGUUGGCUAUCAACUAUCACACUAUUUUGUGUUCCUUUGAUUUCAUGUAAAUUAUUUGUCAACUGUAUAGCUUAAUUUUAAUU